AUGUUUGAAAUCACCACCUUAGGUACCGGCCGAUCCACACCCGUGCACCAUUCGCACCACUCGUUAUGGUUGGUUAAAAAAAAUCUCAACACAUACUUGACUUCCUUAAGCAUGAUUGGAGCUGUCAAAUCAAGGGCUGUGGCUUCUUCCACAAAAAUUGCAUGCCGCUCCCUAGUUUCAUCGGCUAGAAAUUAUCAAUUGCCUCCUAAGACUUCUCCUGGUACACCCGUUACAUCUCAGCCAGUUAAGGCAGAAGAACUCCACGAACACAAACCAAGUCCCGUGGUGAAAGAAGUGGUCAAAAAGCACAAUGAAGAAGAGGAAAAGAAGCAUCAAAAGAAGAAGUUCUCUUUCACCGGCUUCUUGUUGAAGAGUGCUGCUCUUACAUCUGUUCUUUACGGUGCGACAUUGUAUGCGGCUACAAAGAACGAGAAGGUGAUGGAUUUUGUUAUUGACAAACAGUUACCUUACUACGAGCAGCUUAUCAACCUUAUUGAGAAUGGUAGCGUCGAAGACAUUGAGCAAUCAUGGCAUAAAUUGACGUCGUCUGUGCAACUUCCUUCGAAAAAGCAGAUUAAUGAGCUAACCUCGAAAUGGGAGCAACAAGGCGAGCACUUCAUAGAGGAAACAAAGAAAUUGGCCACUGGAAAAAGCUCUCACCUCUCUACCCCAGCUGAACAAUUACAAAGAGCAGUUGAGUUUGAGACUGUGAGCGACGUUACCGAGAAGUUGCCUAAAAUUGUUUUGCCAAAGGAUGCUAGCUUUGCUGACGAACACGUGAGAGCCACUAUCAAGUCAUUCAAUGAUUUGAUUAGCUUGAUUGAUGCCUCUUCUAUUGGACCACAAAAGGACGCAUUGAUCAAAAACAUCAAUACCAACAUCACUUUAUUAGCAACCAAGCUCAAUAAGCUCAACAAAUCUUUUGAUGAAGAGGUCCAGAAUCGUUUGAAAUCUGCCGAGACCGAAUUGUUCUCGUCCUACACCCAGAAGGAAUUAGACAUGACACGCAACAUGUUGGAAGAAUUCAACCAGGAGAAAACGCAUUUGGAAAACAAGUACAAGGCAAAGCUUACAAAGGAGGUUGAAGCCGCAAGAGAAGCGAUUAGCCAAGCUGCCGUGAAUGCCACUUCCAUGGUCAGAGUUGAACAAACCAAGAGAUUUGAGAGCAUGGUUAAGGAAAAAAUUGACCAAGAGAGAAAUCUGAGAUUGAAGAACUUGGAAGCAGUCAACUCUAGAUUAGAGGAGAUUGAGGCCUUUGCUACUUCUCUCGAAAAGCAAAUCACCGCAAGCAGUUCCAAGUCUGCCGUUCAACAUUCUUUGUCAAAGUUGAAGUCGUUGUUGUUUGACACGAAAGAAGACUCGCCUGCGACGCUGUACAAGAGCUACGUUGAAAACUUGGAGUCUGUGACAUCGAAAUCGGGAGACGAAGUCAUCUCUUUGGCCGUGUCCGAAUUGAAGCCUGUGCUCGAUGGUGAAAGCAGUCAGUCCAUUUUGACCAUUCCUCAGCUAUUGACAGCAUGGGAGCAACUUUCCCCCGAGUUGAGAUCUGCUUCCUUGUUGCCUCCUAACGCUGGUUUGUUGGGUCACUUGUCCUCUAUUUUGUUCUCCAAAUUAUUGUUGCCAGUGAAAGGUGCGAAGCCUAAUGGUAAGGACAUUGAGUCUGUCAUUGCAAGAGUGGAGAACAGCUUGACUAGAGGAGAGUUGGAUGUUGCCGUCGAAGAAGUGGCUAAUUUGAAGGGUUGGUCGAGAAAGUUGGCCGAUGACUGGGUCAAGGAAGGAAGAAAGAGAUUGGAGGCCGAAUUUUUGGUUGAGCUUAUUGAUGCUGAGGCUAAAAUCUUGUAA